UGUCAUUCUUAAAAAUCCGACAUCAGAUUUGUAGCGAAUUAUUUUAUCCGCUGCAAAAUAUAUAAAUGCACAUUUUUCUUUCUAUUCAGAACUUAUCGAACAAGAAGAGGAGAAGUUGCUUCCCCACGUCUCAGCCCAGAACUCCAAGCAGCGAAAGGAAGGAAGGAGGCAUAUCCCCAUCUCCCACCGACCAUUGACAUUCGCGCCCGGCCGCCGUCGGAUCAACCGCCGCUCCCCCUCCCCCUCCCGCGGGAUCCCGCCGGCGAUGGGCUUCUUCCGCCGGAUCGCCGGCAUCUUCGGCGGCUCCAGGGACGACGCCGACCACCACCACGACGCCGGCGGCGGCGGCGGCGGCGGCGGGGACGUCCCGCACGAGAAGGUGGCCGCUGCCGCCGCCGCGGCGGCGGCCUCCGGGCACGCUACUAGGCGCGGAUUCAGCGUCCAGGUGCCCGUGCCGGUCGACCGGCCGGCGGCCGGGCCCGUGCUGGCGCCCUGCCCCGCGGGAGACGGCGGCGUCCAGGGUUUCCGGUGGUAUACAAGGAGGUUAAGGAUUGACGAAGACGGCGACGUCGCCGACGAGUUCUUGGACGAGGUCCUCCCCGAAAGCUCGAACAACAGCGACGCGAGCCCAGCUGGAAGGUUCCAGGUGAAAUACAACACGAGACCAACCGCUCUAGCGAUGAGGAAGCAAACGGUCGCCGUAGACGGCGACAUCCGCCAUUGUGUGGAGCAUCAAGGGCAGCUCCAGUGGGUGUGAGGGUGUAAACGCAAGCCUGGGUUCUAGCGCGCCUUCGGCUGCCGCCUCGAGAACUGUCAUCCACUCCCCCUCCGGCCCGAGGAGCAAAGGAGCUUUACCUUGUGCCCCUCACCGUCUGGAGCCUCUGAGGAGUGGGUCUGGUUUGCACCAUUCUCAGUUGAGUGUGUUGGGAUCAGGCCUGGUUUCAUGGCUGAUCAGAUCCCUUGUACCACUAUUAGUAGCUGUACAUUGUUGGACAGUGAGUGGAAAGCAGACAAAGCUGAAUUGGUGAAGGGGGGACGUGUACUUUCAAAUAGAGCAACCAACUAAACCCUUGAACUGAAGGGCUGGUGACUUUGUGCGAGAUCCCUUUUUUUGCCUGCUGUUCUCGGUCUAUUUCUUUUUCCUCAUCUAGGAUCCGUCAUGGUGGAUUAUGAAUUUACGAUGAUUUGUUUACGUGAA